AUGGCCCCUCCUAAGGUCUUUUCUCUUGAAGGCAAAGGCCUCAAGCUGGACACCGAUGUGGAUGUCGAAGCCCAUAUUAAGCCUCUGAUUGAGAGCACCGACUACACUGAAAUCCGCCUUGGUGGCAAUACUUUUGGCGUGAAAGCCUGUGAGCGCUUGGGUACCGCCUUUUCCACCCAGAAGAACCUCGAAGUCGCUGAACUUGCCGACAUUUUCACAUCGCGUCUGAUUGAAGAGAUCCCCGACGCCCUGACUCACCUUUUGAAUGCGCUCCUUGAGAUCCCGACUCUUCAUACCGUCAACCUUUCCGACAAUGCCUUCGGCAAGCGGACCUCGAAGCCCCUCGUCGACUUCCUCUCUGCCCACGCUCCUUUGCGCCAUCUUAUCUUGAAUAAUAAUGGUAUGGGCCCUGACGCAGGUGUGGAGAUUGCCGGGGCACUGGUGGAGCUUGCAAAGCGUAAGGAGGAGGCCCGCAAGGAAGGAAAAGAGGUCCCUCGGCUGGAGAGCAUUGUCUGCGGCCGGAACAGACUGGAGAAUGGAAGUAUGGCGGCGUGGGCACGUGCAUAUGAGGUGCACGCUGUAGGAAUGCGCUCAGUGAAGAUGACACAGAACGGCAUUCGUCAGGAGGGUAUCUCCCAGCUGUUGAGAGAGGGUCUCCGCCACGCCAGCAGCCUCGAAGUCCUUGACUUGCAGGAUAACACCUUCACCAUUUUGGGCUCCACAGCUCUCUCUGAGGUGCUUCCAGGCUGGACUUCCCUGCGCGAGCUCGGUGUCGGUGACUGUUUGCUCUCCGCUCGUGGUGGUGUGAAGGUUGCGCAGGCUUUGGCCGGUGCCAAGAACGAGAAGUUGGAAACACUUCGUCUGCAAUAUAAUGAUAUCACGGCCGAGGGUGUUAAACAGUUCUUGCACGCGACCAAGACCGCACUGCCUUCGUUGCGCCGAAUUGAGCUAAACGGAAACAAGUUUAUGGAGGACGACGACAACGUCAAUGAGUUGCGCGAGAUCCUGGAGGCUCGUAAGGAAGAACACGGCAAGGAUGACGACCCGGAGGAGAUGUGGGGUGUGGACGAGCUGGAUGAGCUCGAAGAGGAAAGCGACGAAGAAGAAGAGGAGGAAGAGGAAGAGGAGGAAGAGGAAAAGGCCGAGAAGUUUGUGAAAGACAAUGUUAAGGCUGAGGAGGCCAAGGUUGCUCAGAAGCAGGACAAGGACGUUGAUGAACUUGCCGAGGCUCUGGGAAAGACUGGUCUGUAA